CCAGUGAGCUCUUAGCUGGGCACCUGUUCCUCUUGCUCUGCUUCUUCCCAGCCCUCGGACCUAAGCCACCCGGAGCGCCCGCCUGCUCGCCAGCUUCCGUGAUGAAUCAGGCUCUGGUCAACCAGACGGACGUGGCAGGCCUGUUCCUGGCUAACAGCAGCGAGGUGCUGGAGCGUGCCGUGCGCUGCUGUACCCAGGCGUCCGUGGUGACCGACGACGGCUUCGCCGAAGGUGGCCCGGACGAGCGCAGCCUGUACAUCAUGCGAGUAGUGCAGAUCGCCGUCAUGUGCGUGCUUUCGCUCACCGUGGUCUUCGGCAUCUUCUUCCUGGGCUGCAACCUGCUCAUCAAGUCAGAGGGCAUGAUCAACUUCCUGGUGAAGGACCGGAGACCGUCUAAGGAGGUGGAGGCGGUGGUCGUGGGGCCCUACUGA